AUGUCGAUCCGGAUAGCCCUGGAAAAUCCGCCCGAGUUCUACACCAACCUCGAUGCCAUCUCCGGGAAGGUAAUUCUGGGCAUUAGCCGGCCUGAGCAAAUCGGCGCCGUCAUCGUCAAACUCGAAGGCGAGUCCAAAACAUCCCUGGGUGCUCCGGAUGACGCAGGACUCCAACUGGACGCCCCGAAUCGACGCAGGGCUACUGUCGCGGAAAACUCUCAGACCCUUCAUGAGAACCAUAAGAUUCUCUACAAGGUCCAGCAAGUGUUUCCCGGCGACAAUGUCCCUGCCUAUGCCUCCCCGGUCGUCCUCAACCCAGGUCAACACGAGUGGCCGUUCAGCUUCAAAGUUCCAUUCAAUAAUGCCUGCGGCGAUCCCAACGCAAUGGUCAAGAUUGGUGGUCUUGCCGGGGCCGGGGGCUUCGCUGGUCCGAGUUUCUUCGGCAUGGGCGGUAUCAGACUGAUGGAUGGAAGUAAACAGCUGCUCUACCCUCACGUCACCAAGACCCUGCCCCCGAGCUUCACGGGCUUUCCAAGGGAGGCAGAGAUCAGGUACUAUGUGAAGGUGACAAUUCAAAGGCCAGGUCUUUUCCGGGAGAAUAUCAGGCAUCAAGUCGGCUUCAAGUUCAUGCCUAUCGAGCCACCACGCCCGCGGCCAACGAAUCAGGAGGGCUAUGCCCGACGCCCGUUCACCUUCACUCCGAAAAGCCCGGGCAUCAAUGGCAAGCCACAGGCGCAACAGCAGCAGAAGAGACAGUCCGUGUUCAGCCGCAAGCAAAGCUCCAAUGGCCUUGCCACAGAUGGCUCAUCCCCUUCAGAACCGGAACAGCCUCCAUCAGUCGAAAUCUCAGCUCGAUUACCACAUCCUGCCAUCCUCACGUGCAACAAGCCCAUUCCGCUCCGUCUUCUCGCCAAGAAGCUCGUGGACACCAGUGCGCAGUGCUACUUGGUUUCGCUCCAGAUCGACCUUGUCGGCUCCACCAUUGUCCGUUGUCAAGAUCUUGUAAACACCGAAACAACACGCUGGGUGGUUGCUAGUCGCCACGGGCUCUCAAUUCCUCUCCAGAAAGGACCCGGCGAUGCUGUCGGCACUGAAACCGAAGUCAACAACGUCUUGUGGAACAACUCGCCCCUACCAAACACUGUUAUGCCGAGUUUCAUCACUUGUAAUCUCAAGCGGACAUACUCAUUAGAACUCAAACUCGGCGUAAGCUGGGGCACGCCACCCGGGGCAACGGCAGCCAUCCCCGAGGAGGCGUCCUCCCUGUCUUCUCUACCAUCGGUAAUGAAGAUGGGGAAGUCCAAGGGCAAGGCAAAGGACCCCUCAUAUAAUCUGGCGCAAACCAUGUUCCUACCCCUACACUUCAGCUCGGUCCAGGUGUACUCUGGCCUGGAACCACCACCAGGCCUAGCCGAGGCCGCCAUGAAGGGCCGCAGACAGCAAACACAGCAGAGGCCGUCCGCCCGGCCCAGCCAGUCCGCGCCCUCGCUCCCGCCGCGACAAGAACGGCCGCACGACCCGCUCUACCCGCCGCAGCUCCGGCCUGGUCAGACAGCCACGCAGGCUCAGACGCAGGCACAAGGUUCUGGGGCUUCUGUCGGUGGAGCUGCCCCUUCAAUGGAGGCUCCGCCGGCUUAUGACGAUGCGCCGCCGAGUUAUGAUGAUGCAAUGGCGGACGCGAUGGUGGAGCCUAUUGUUCCGGACGGCCGGACGAGACCGGCGUGGAGUGGGGUGACUAAUGAGAACUCCCCAGAGACCCUACCAGGGAAGAAUUGA